AUGUCUGAAUAUUCCCACUCUGAAUUCACAGAACCUGCUCCUGAGAGUUUUGUUUCGUAUGAAAAAGAAUCUGGCGAUUCAAGAGCUUGUCAAGCUCUCUCGAAAGAAGAAAUUACAUUUCUUAUAAGACAAGAAAUGGGCUUUUAUGAAACUGAACUAACAAGCCUGAAAAGAGAGCAGUAUCAACUACGAAAGAAGAAUGACGAGCUCGUCGAAAAAGUUAGCGAUCUUGAGAAUCAAAAUGAGAAUCAGAAGCUGACAAUCUCUGCUUUGGAAGAGAGAAUUGAAUUGAAUCACGAGAAUCAAGCCCUUAGCCAGAAGACAAUCGAAACAUUGGAAAAUAUGUUUAGCGUUUUGGAGAAAAAGUAUCAAUCUGCUAUCCAAGGUCAAAAGAACCUCACUGAAACGAUCGAAAAUUUGAAGAAUCAAGUCGAAUUUUUAAAUUCUAUUGAGCCUGAUUCCGAAGAAAAUACAGAAAACGUCUACGAUCUUGUCUACGAAAAUCCAAGAAAAAGCAAAAACGAUGAGAUAAACACGAAAAUGGAAACCCUUGCAAUCCCAGCAAUUCAAAAACCAAUACAUAGUAGCCUCCCACCUAAACCGAAUCUUUUCAAAUAUCAUACUCGUGACGAUGUCGAACCAUUUUUGAAUGCCCUGAAAGAUGACACAACUAACUUGAGUUUCAAAGUUUUGUUUUCAAAGCCAAAUAAUGAGGAGUUUUUCAAAGGAACCUUCGGGAUUUACUACUAUCCACGACUUUAUCACACUCAGGCUGAUGAAAAAAUUCUCUUCAUUGGAUAUGGAUUGGAGACGUUGGUUCGCGAAAGAGACAGUUACUAUGAAUUGGUUUUCAUCCUGUAUUCGCCUAUUGACAGAAAGCUGUACUUGCAAGCUAGCUUUGAUGGUGAUAACAAAUUGGAUCCAAGGAAAAUAUUGAGUUCGAGAGAUCGAGCUAUUAAAGACUCAGGAACAAUUAAAAUUGACUCAGAUAAUCUAAAUUUUGUGCGACUGAAAAUCGACGUCCCAAAGCAAAGUUUCACAAAACAAAUUGUUACGUAUUAUGUUUCAUCUGACUGUCUCAUAUAG